UUGAGUUAUGAUGAUUUUAUCUCAAAAGGUGGAUGUAUCGAUCUGCAGACAUUAAGUGACAGAUGUCAUGUCUCAUCCCAGGUGCUCAGAUGCAGCGCUUUUCAUCGUCACGUUUGUGCAACUCACUGCAGCCUUAAAGUGUGUAUGCCACUUGUGUGUCAACCACACAUGUGAGACGGAGGCAGAAGGCGCUUGUUGGAACUCAGUGAUGCUCAUAAACGGGAAGGAGGAGGCAGUGAAAUCCUGCGUGUCCCCAUCAGAGUUGAAGGGUCAGGUGUUCUGCUACAGCUCCAGAAAUGUCUCCAAGCGCAGCUGCUGCUUUACAGACUUCUGCAACAAUGAAACACUGCACCUCAAUCCAGAACAACCACCUGAGGAUUCUGGUUGGAGUCAGCUGGAAGUAGCAGCAGUAAUUCUUGUGCCGUCAUGCCUGGUGUGUGUGGGUGUCAUGCUAGGAGUGUGUGCUAUACAGAACCUACGGUGCACACACAUAAAAUCCCUCAAACAGGACCCAGAGGAACCACUGGAUGACCCGACUCUGGUCUCACCUGACAAAUGCCUAAAAGAGCUCAUCUAUGACAUGAGCACUUCUGGUUCAGGAUCAGGAUUACCCCUAUUGGUGCAGAGAACAAUUGCUCGAACUAUUGUCCUCCAGGAGACCAUUGGAAAGGGUCGGUUUGGGGAAGUGUGGAGGGGAAAAUGGAGGGGAGAGGAUGUUGCUGUGAAGAUCUUCUCGUCGCGUGAUGAGCGCUCCUGGUUCCGUGAAGCUGAGAUUUAUCAGACCAUCAUGCUACGUCAUGAAAAUAUUUUGGGGUUCAUUGCCGCUGAUAACAAAGAUAAUGGUUCGUGGACACAGCUGUGGCUGGUAUCUGAGUAUCACGAGCAUGGAUCACUCUUUGAUUACCUGAACAGGUACACCGUAUCAGUGGAGGGGAUGAUAGUUCUGGCACUAUCCAUUGCCAGCGGAAUCGCCCACCUGCACAUGGAGAUUAUUGGCACUCAAGGGAAGCCGGCCAUUGCUCACAGAGACAUAAAGUCAAAGAACAUCCUGGUUAAGAAGAAUGGAGCUGCUGUGAUUGCUGAUCUUGGUCUGGCUGUCAAACAUGACUCCAACACCAACACCAUUGACAUCCCCAUUAACCACAGAGUGGGAACCAAGAGGUAUAUGGCUCCUGAGAUCCUGGACGAUUCCAUAAACAUGAGCAGCUUUGAGUCAUUUAAGCGUGCUGAUAUCUACUCACUAAGCUUGGUAUUCUGGGAACUUGCUCGCAGAUGUUCCAUUCAAGGGAUUCAUGAAGAUUUCCAGCUGCCUUAUUAUGACCAGGUGCAAUCCGACCCAUCAUUAGAUGAUAUGAGGAGAGUGGUGUGUGAACAGAAACUCCGACCCAACAUUCCCAAUCAGUGGCAGAGCUGUGAGGCACUGAGAGUAAUGGGUAAGAUUAUGCGGGAGUGCUGGCAUGCCAAUCCAGCUGCUCGACUGACAGCGCUACGUGUCAAAAAAACCAUAUCUCAGGUGACUGUGGUCAAGGAUGUUAAAGAAUAACCCCAAAGCCUGCUGUUUCUCUUAUCUCUGUCUAUCAGUGUUACUGGGACAUAGAACAGUUGAGAUGCCAAAGAAUGAAGUUUAAGAGGGAAAAACUGUGAGACAAAAUGUUGAAAUAAUGAAUGGAGUAAUGUGUGUGUUUGUAUGUGUGCGCGCAUGUGUGUGUGUGUGUAGUCAGUAAGUGGUGAUAGAGAACUAAUACACUGCUACCUCAGUUGAUAUGUUGCACAUGAUGACCUUUGCACAUUAUGCUUUGUGCCAUAAAAGUUUUCUUUGUUGUACAGAUGAAUAGUUGCUAUAAAUAUUUUGACACACCAACUUACGUAUGU